AUGAGGAUUACAAGGACGACUUCUGUCAAAUCGAAAUUUAAGAACACACAAGAAACGAUUUUAAAUCUAGAUAAGGACGAUGAUGAUUUCGUUGCUCCGCCUACAGAUAAUAUCAGUACUCAACCUACAGAAGGUGUUGGAAGUGAACCAAAUGAUACGAAUAUUGUUGGAUCAAGCAAAACAAAGAAACAGAGGAAAACAACUUCAAGAUCAGAACAUGGAAAGAACAAUGUAGAUUCUGGGAAAUCAGAUGUUAACAAAGAUAAAGAAGACAUAAUACCAAUUAACAGCACAAGUGUAGGAAGGCUGAAAAGGAAAGGUUCUGCUAGAAAUACACCUGUUAAGGAUAAUAAGAAAUCAUUGGAAGCAAGUGGUAAAGGAAAAAACCAAGAGGUUUAA